AUGGAUCUGCAGCAGUGGAUCCUCACUCUACUUCCUUCAUGGUUCAAAAUACCGUCGCGCCCAAUGAUUCGACAUGUCAUAUAUGGCAUUUUUCUAGGCUUUUCUCUCUCCUUGGUAUCAACUUCCAUUGCCUUGUUUUUUCAGAGACGAAAACAAGAGCGCAUUGCCGCACAGUUUGAACCCCGUCCCAUCGAGUUGAGAAGUGAUGAGGUGCUCAAGGGAGUCACAGGUUUAAUUGGAAAUACACCGUUGGUUAGAAUCAACUCGCUGAGCAACGCGUUGGGCAUCGAGAUAUUAGCAAAGGCAGAAUUCCUCAAUCCUGGCGGAAGUGUCAAGGAUCGUGUCGCCCUAAGAAUGAUUGACGAUGCAGAGCGGGAAGGAUUGAUACAUCCACAUACUGGCUCAAGGAUAUUUGAAGGAACAGUUGGAUCUACUGGAAUAUCUAUUGCUACCAUUGCUCGUGCUAGAGGAUAUGAUGCUACUAUCAUAAUGCCUGAUGAUGUUGCCCAAGAAAAAGUACAAGCUUUGCUUUCACUUGGUGCAGAGGUACAAAGAGUACGUCCGGCGAGUAUCGUCGAUAAAAAACAGGUAGGUAUUUAUAACAUUGCCCGUCAACGGGCUCUGGAAUUUGGAAAGGAAGAACCCUGCUCUCGCCCACAUUUGGUAUCGUCUUCUUCAUCCACUGUCGUGGUCUUGACAGGUGACGACGAUGAUACCGACCCACUCAAACACGAACAAUUUGUUCUGAAGCCACGAGGUUAUUUUGCCGACCAAUUUGAAAACCUAAGCAAUUUCAAUGCGCACUUUGAGGGCACGGGUCCAGAAAUAUGGAGACAAACUAAUGGCCGCCUGAAUGCGUUUGUGAGUGGCGCAGGUACCAUUGCUGGUAUAGGUCGAUAUGUCAAGUCCAUGAACGAAGAUGUCGUCGUGGCUCUGACAGACCCAGAAGGCAGUGGCUUGUAUAACAAGGUCAAGCACGAUGUCAUGUUUGACUCGAGAGAAAGUGAAGGAACAAAAAGACGGCAUCAAGUGGACACUGUCGUCGAAGGAAUUGGUAUCAAUCGGUUGACAAAAAACAUCGAACUAGCACUGCCUAUCAUCGAUGAUGCUUUCCGAAUAACGGAUGCUGAAGCCGUCAGCAUGUCUCGGUAUCUCGUCCAAAACGAUGGUCUCUUCCUCGGUUCUAGUAGUGCUUGCAAUCUUGUUGCAUGCAUCAAACUUGCAAAGAAGAUGGGGUGGAAAGAAGGCCAAACAAUUGUUACAGUCUUAUGUGAUUCGGGUAAUCGUCAUUACUCAAAGGUGAGUUUGGCGAAUGAUGAAUACCUUGCCAAAGCUGGCAUAUCGGCUGAUAUGAGCAUCGUGGAGGGCCUGCUUCUGCAGCCGCCUGCAUAG